ACGGCCACGGGCGGGGGCACGGCAGGAGCGCGGCACUGCGGGGCCGGCGCGCGUCCACAGCUGGAGGGCCCCUGACGGGCAGAGCAGGAGGCAGCGGCGCGGCGAGGCGCCGGGCCGCGUGGCAGCAGCCCCCAUGCCGCUGUGCCUGAAGGCUGCCGUCAGCACGAGGGACUAUUGCCCCGUGGGGCCGCGCUACGGCCGCUGCGCGCCGCGGCUCCGGGCCUCGCGCACCGUGCGCUUCCCCAACGACGUCGUCUUUCAGGACCACAUCAAGCAGGGGGACCUGGAGCAGGUGGGCAGGUUCAUACGAGCCAGGAAGGUGACGCUGGACACCAUCUACCCUUCUGGCAUGGCAGCCCUCCAUGAAGCCGUGCUGACGGGAAACCUGGACUGUGUCAAGCUCCUGGUGAAAUACGGCGCUGACAUCCACCAGAGAGACGAGAACGGCUGGACGCCCCUGCACAUGGCCUGCAGCGACGGCUACGCCGACAUCGCCAGGUACCUCCUGUCGCUCGGGGCCAGCCUGGAGGCCACCACCGACGACGGGGAGAGACCCUCGGACCUCAUCGACCCCGAGUACGAGGACCUGGUGCAGCUCUUCGGAGCCACCGCGCUGCGCUGAGCCGGGCACGGCGAAAAGCGGCCCCGAGCGCUCGGGGCCGGGCCGGGGGGGCUGCGCCUGCCCGAGGACCGGGGCUGCGCCCGGGCUGGGCCCGGGCGGCGGCCGGGCAGCAGCGCUCGGUACUGCGAAUCGGGAACCACUUUGUACUUUUCCAAUAAAGCAUCUCGG